AUGCCUCCUCCUACAACGCAGAACAGCGCGCAGGCUGCGCCUCCUGCUACAACUCCUCACGAACCGACGCGGACCUCGAUUGCUGCGAAAGAAUGCCUAUCAACCCACCCGGAGGGGUCAGAAAUCCAUUCUUCGCGCCACGGCCACCAGAAAUUCGUCUUCGCCGACCCCAUCGCACUCCGAUACCUCGAAGAGGACCCCUCGACGAUCGUGCUCGCCCGGCGGACGGUCUUGCAGGGCUACGAGAUAUACAUUGUUGAGCAAUGGGCGUGUUCGAGGAUUCACCCUACUUUCAUAAUCACGACGUACACCGGAGACACCUCGCAUAAGGUCACGGUUGGGGUGCUGAGCGUUCCCACCGACGAAUCGACCUGGUCCCCUCGUCUACGGCUGUACGUCAAUGCCGUCACGCAAUGCCAAGCACGCAGGAAAGACACCCAUCUCGGGACUUUGAUGGUGACCGAUCUGAGCGUUUUUCCGUCGGCGCUGACGGUGAUCCCCGUGCCUGGUGGUGAUGUGCUCAAGCAUAAGGAUGAUUUCAUUGUGAAUGAGAAUCUGAAGCGGCUGAAUUGCUCGGGUCGUGCUGGACUGAAGCUCCAGCCCCCUGCGGCGGCGACCGAAGCCAAAUUUCACCAGUUGUAUCGGACAAGCGAGCGAGUGCCCUUGUACAGUGCGGUCAUUGAGCUCGUGACGCAAUGUCAAAUUGCGCUGCUGAUGUACGGCAACCUCGCACCGGAAUAUGUGGAUGGACUGUUGUGUGACGUGACGGAGGCGGCGAUCAGUGACUGGUGGAACGACAUAGGGAUAGACCUGUAUAACAUCGAGCCCAGCGAUGGAGCCUUGGGUCCAACCUCCGUCGCAGCCUUACUCGGGACUCUGAUGGGGGCUCGAAACCGGCUCCAUGCUUUCGGUGCGCCCGUUGGGAAAGAUGCGUUCGACAUACACAACCUCAAAAGGGGAAUUAGCAGCUUCCAAAAGUCGCAGAAGCUGAAAAGAACGCGGAGACUUGACCGCCAAACCCUUGAUAGACUGCACCGAGUGACUGCAAAGGCGGCAAACUCCGAAGGCUGGACGGACGCCGUCAAAUCAACCAUGGCCGAGCUGAGUGGACACGGCGGGGAAAUGGUCAUGGGCAUGGUCCGGGGGCGCGAGAAGGCCGGCAUCGCCGAUAUCGAAACGCUGGAUGUGGACAACUUUGCGCAAUUGGCGAAAGGUGCCCGAGCCAAGUGGCUGUGGAGAGGGAAACCGCGCAAGGGUGACGAUAACUUCAUGAGCGGGCCGCCAGCUGCUGAUAUGAUGUUCACAACCGAUGACCAAGGCGGCUAUGUCUGGACAAGCCGCAAACGACGCUCUUACGAGGAUCUGGGCGGCGAUCGCCCCUUACAGAGCCCGGAUAUCCCGAUGAAACAGCCUGAGCUUGCAAGCGCGCUCGACGAGAAAGAUCAGAAUCUGGGCAAGAUGGUUCGUCGCGGUGUCAGUGGGAAAGUAUCCGACGCACGGAUAGGAUUCGGCAGGUUCAAAGACGCGGUGGGAUUUCGGUCACAUCUGCCAAAGCAAACGAAAGAUGGCGUAGACCUGAUUAGUGACGCGGCCUAUAUCCCAGAAGAAAGUGACACGGAGUUACCUAAACCUGGUGCCGAUGGUGGUCUCCAUCAUAUUGAGACUGAAGGUGCCCCAGAAACUGAGAGUCGAGUGCAUGACGAUGCAACGAGUGAACCAGCAUUGAAUACCCUAUUACCAAGAUCGUCAGAGUCCCGUACCCCUGCUAUCACGAUCGAUCCGGCCGGCCCCAACGAUAGUUCCGAAUCGUCCAAUAAAGUAUCCCUCAGCCGACCAGACGACGAACUCCAAGAUCUAGAGCGCUGGCGGACAAGAUCAACCGAUGCAUCGGCCGACCGAGACCAGACAUUCGAGCUGGGCUUAAUGUCGUUGCGUCGACCGCAGAGCUGUCCAGAUCUCAAUACCGAGGAUGAUUCUGACCAAAAGAAUCGCCAUUGCCCGCGCCAUCUGUCCUUCAGUAUCGUCGAGGACGUUGUCCUGACUUGGAAAGAAAUAGGAACCAACGAAGGUCUCCUUGACAAGUCCGAUGCCACUUUCGAAGAAGCUGUUGCCCAGGAAGACAUGCUCGCCAGCGAUGCGCAGAUCUUCAGCACCCGCAUCCAGGAGCUAGGCGAACGCACCGUUCCUUGGGUUGAGAAACAAGUCGAUUCCGUCGACGACCUGAACCGGAUCUUAUAUGAAAGCCACGAGAAGAUCAAUGCCGAAUACAUGGACCGGUUGAACCAGUACCAAGAAAUCCGGGACCGCUCCAGCGACCUGCUGACGGAGGAGCAUACAUCGCUCACAGACCACAUGAGACGCGUGGAGAUGAUAGGCGCGAAGCUAGACUACGAGCUCAAUGUCCUUGGCUCGAGAGUGGAGGAUGUCGAAACGGGGCUCGGAGAGUUUGAACGACAGGUGAACGAGAUGGAAUUGAGGGUGCAAGAGUUGAUACAAGGCGAUGAGGAAAAACAGAGCCACUCCUGGCUGAACUGGCUUGGCGGACUGAUAGGCUUCUCAACCUGA